AUUCUAUGUCUAGGGCUGUAUUGCGACGUGUAGACAGUUACUUCCGCCACACUCUGACGUCACGUCCAUGUCUUUUCCGCCAUGUUGGUUUUCCCACUGCACUGACACCCAGGCAGACUCUUGGAUUUUCACUAGGAGGGUAAUGGGCGAUUACUUGCCAUUAAUGCUGCAAUUCACGUUUGGCAUUUAUAAGUUCUGCUUACAUUUCUAUGAUUCCAGCAUUUUUAUUGCAAUUACUGAUAGCAAUGUGACAUUACUGACCACUUUGCAACAUAGACUCGAAUCAGUUUAUAUUCCUCACAAAUCAUUGAAACUUAAAUGAUUUAAAAUAGAUAUUUUUACUAGAAUGGUCAUAAGAGAGGUGUAUAGGAUGACACCAGGGCUGUUAUGGUAUUUUAUUGAUUGCAUGAGCUGUUAAAAGUUGUAUUUACUGCACCAGCUGGUAUUGGUGUAUUAUUAGCAGCCAUAACUAUAAAUAUAUAUUUUUAUUGAUUCUUAACAUGAUCCAGUGAUGUCACUCUGUGUCCCUGAUACAUGGUGGCAGGGUGAUAUUAUCACUGGCUAAACUGGCAAACCAGUCCUGGCCAUUUUAUGUAUUCUUAUUCUUAUUAUAUUAUUUAUAUAGCGCCUGCAAAUUCCGUAGCACUGUACAAUUGUUGGAACUCUUCACUAAACCAUGAAUUAUGAUAAAUAGGUUAGAGAAAUGGAAAUGUUAGACCAAAAGAGAGCUGAUCGAUGUUAGGAAGAUGGAUACCAAACGAGAUGGGUAGAUGUAACACUAGGUAGAGCGGUGGAUGGAUAGAUAAAUAGCUGGAUAGCGUGGUGUGUGGAUAGACUAAUCGUUGGGUAGAACUUAAUGGAUAGUCAAUGGGUAGAUCCAUGCGCAGCUAGGUAGAUGAAUAGGUAGAUAAAUUGUGAGAGAGAUGGAUGAUUAGACCAAUAAAUACUUAAAAUUUAGUCUUACACUCCUCUUCCUCUUAUCUUUGUAUGCAGAGCUCAGUGCAACCAUACAAAUAAAUUAUCCAAUUUACAGUACUUGUAUCCAAAUACAUCUUUAUUCAUUCAGUUUAUAUUAACAUAGUAAAGAUUUAAAUUUAAAAUCUCGAGUACUGAUUUUAGGAUACUUUAGAUGAAUUAAUUAGAUAAAUGAAUGGAUCCACAUGAAACUAGAGAUAGAUGGACGGGCACAGAUAACUAGAGAGAUGGAUGUAUGGACAGAUUGCCAGACAGAGAGAUGGAUGGAUGGAUUGACAGAUUGCUAGACAGAGAGAUGGAUGGAUGGACAGAUUACUGAAUGGAUGAGUUGACAUAUUUUUAUUAAUGUUUUUCCAUCUUGUUUUUUACUUUAUUCCAGACACAUUAUUUCUCAAUGAGAGCCACACAACCUACAGAAUCAUGAGCAAGCUAGGUAAGACUUACACUACAAGUAAAUAUCUUUUAUUUUCCCAGAUCUUUCUUUUUUUCACUACUUUGAGAUUUCUAAUCGUCAUUUUACGUGUUGGUAAUAGUGUUCAGCACAUUAGUAAUUUCACUCUUGAUAACCAUCAGAUUCCAUAUUUACACAACGUUCUGCUACCAUACCCCUGAUCCCUUCCUGACUCCAUAUUAAACAGGUUUCGACUACCAUACCCCUGAUCUAUCUCUGAUUGUAUUGACUGUGAUCUCACCCUGAUUCUUAAUACCCUCCCCUUUGUUUAAUAAGCCUACUGAUUUCUGCCUGAUUCCCGGGUUAAAUACACUACAGCAUCGAUAACCUAGUGUUAAUUCCACUCUCAUAUUGUGAGUUACAAUCGGGAUUAUUUACUAAUGGGUCAUUUAUUUAUUUUUUUGUUAAUGUUAUUAUUAUUUUUCCAAAGUUGGCAAAGUUUAUCUGAUAACUAUUUCAUGUCUUGCUGAACCAUUCUCAAAGAAAGGUAGCGGGACAGUAGGGAGCUGGCAGACCCAUGUAUAGUUAUGAGCAGUAACUGGAGCAAUUAAUGUUCAAUAACUGCACCUGACAGAGGUGUAAAGGAAAAUCGUGUUUCAUGUAUAAAGAUUAACAAACCAUGAGUGGAAAUACAAUAUGCCCCUGGUGACUAUUAAGUUCCAGGUUAGUACUGCUUAACGUGGUCCCAUCUCCCUCCAUACCCUCGAUCCGUACCUUCAGUAGGCUAUCCAGUUAAGGUGUGAGAGCCACCCUGUUACACCCCCUCUUGAUUGCCACUUGAUUGCCCUACUACGUGAUGACUCUGGACAAAAGAGUAAUUUGACUGUAAUUCAAAGUGAAUUUCAAAUUUUAGGCCACAAUCGUGGAACCGAAAAAAAUCUCCAAGUCAGCUGCAUGAAAUUUACUUUGAAGUCCUAGCAAUUCAGUACUCAAAGAGGAACUCACUAGAGACUGAACUCUCUGACAGUAUUACAGCAUCCCGUGUCUGACACAGAUUGUGCUAUUAUUCUGUGAUGUCAAUCUCAAUCUGUUAUCGCAACCCCAAUAUCUCUCCUUUUUCCUAUUUUCACAUCACUGAGAACUGUCUGAUUCCACGACUAAAAUGCAUGUAUUUUGUCACAGAAUCUCUCAUCUCUCUCUAUAACUCUCUCUCACUCUCUAAGAUAUUCACUGAAAUUGCAUUUUGUUCUCCACAGUUCUAAUCCAUUUUCAUAUUAUUGUUAUUACAGAUCUCCCUCCAGGGGAUCCACUGGAUCUCCCGCUCUCCAUACUUGAAGUUGGUGUUGCUGGGAGAAUGGAACUGAUCACCGAAAAUCCCAAAUUGAAUGGAUCAUUCUUUCCGCUAUCCACAGUAUGUUAAUUAUAAUAUUAAUAUGUUCUACCCAUGAUUUUGUGUUAAACAGUAUUAUUUGUAGUAUAAUACACAAAAAAUAGGUGGAGAAAGUGAUAAUAAUAGUAAAAUGUACUUCCCUCUCUUCUACCUUUCUUGCUGUAAAAGAUAGAGAGGUACAAGAUAGUGCAGAUAUUUCUUAUACACAGAAUAUAUAAAAAUAAACAAAUCUUAUGCACUCACAAUGGAAGAGCCAUAGAUUAAAACCUGGCUCUGGUGUGAAUCUCCUCUGGGAUCUUAAUAGGGUGAUCCCCAAACCUCUUUGAUGGUGCUUGUUGAAGUGUAACUUCUUUUUCUUUUUCUUUCAAUACCAGGCAAUGGAGAUAAAAUAUAUUCCAGAGAAAAAAUAUUUAUUUGAAAAAAAAAUUAAUAAAAUCAAUAUAAAUAAUAUAAAUAUAAGGGUUAGACCUCCCAGUGUUCAGUAAGCUUGUCAAAACGCGUUUCGCCGGUAUGUGGCUUCCUCAGUUGGCAUAAGGUGGUAAUGUUCUCUAAGUUCUUUAAAUAUUUAAAAAUCGCGGGUAAUUUUCUUCCGGUGGAACGCAUCUAUGCAUUCCACCGCCUCCUUCCGGUUUCCGGAAUGUCUCUGUCACUUCCGGUUUCGCCGAAAAUACAAAGCGUUUGAUGGAACGCAUCGACUUGGAGAUAAAAUAUAUAUAAAAAUUUCUAAAUCUAAAAAGUCAAUAUGAUGAGUACUGUAUGUGGAGGUUAAAACAAUCCCCCAUUCAUUAUUGUUUAAAAAAUUAAGAAAGACCUUCAGACUCUCUUCUCCAUCUUUCCGUUUAAAGAACUUAGAGAACAUUACCACCUUAUGCCAACUGAGGAAGCCACAUACCGGCGAAACGCGUUUUGGCAAGCUUACUGAACACUGGGAGGUCUUACCCUUAUAUUUAUAUUAUUUAUAUUGAUUUUAUUAAUUUUCUUUUCAAAUAAAUAUUUUUUCUCUGGAAUAUAUUUUAUCUCCAUUGCCUGGUAUUGAAAGAAAAAGAAAAAGAAGUUACACUUCAACAAGCACCAUCAAAGAGGUUUGGGGAUCACCCUAUUAAGAUCCCAGAGGAGAUUCACACCAGAGCCAGGUUUUAAUCUAUGGCUCUUCCAUUGUGAGUGCAUAAGAUUUGUUUUUUUUUUUAUAUAUUCUGUGUAUAAGAAAUAUCUGCACUAUCUUGUACCUCUCUAUCUUUUACAGCAAGAAAGGUAGAAGAGAGGGAAGUACAUUUUACUAUUAUUAUCACUUGCUCCACCUAUUUUUUUGUGUAUUAUAUGUCAUUUUAUGUGAAGGUGUAGGGGAUACCUCACUGGUGUUGAGAGCAAUUUUAUCACUUCUGUAGACAUACCUGUUUGUAUUAUUUCACAGUAUUAUAUGUAGUGUUUUGAGGGCUGUAGAUGUGGCUCUGAUUCUGGAUUUGCAUCAUGCAAUGUGCUUUUUACUGAUGGUAAACUCUGUCAUUGUUUUAGGUCCCCAAUGGGUUGCCUCCAUAUGAUGUGGAUGUGUCUUUUGAAGUUAUCCAGAAGUAUCUUGGCGAUCCUGAUUGGCUGUCCGUUCAUCACUUUGAUCGGAGCGAGCGGUAUGUAUGAGCCCAUUAAUCUGUAAACUGUACUGACCCUGGAGAAGGUGUAGACGCUGCUGUGUGUCCUAAUUCCUCUGCCCUGUCUAUUCUACACUGUACAUGUAUCCCCUUUUUGUACAUAUCCAGUUACAUAAAUCCCAUCAUGUGCCUGCACGAUGGAAUGUGUACACCAUAAUGCGGUCUACCUAGACAUUACAUAUCUAUUGUGCUAAUAUAGACAUUCUAGGGUUGCAUCCCAUCUUGUACUAUUUUGGAAACUCCCAGCCAUGCAUCCCCUUUUAUGCAAGUAUAGAGAUUCCAGGCUCUGAUCAGAGAUUGUACUAGUAAAGGAGAUUCCAGGUUGUGGAUCAAACCUUGUGUCUGUCCUUUUGGUUCUAAGGCUUUCUGCCUGAGUUGGGAGUUGAGAUUUUCAGUUGUGUGUCUCAUUGGAUCCUUUAGGGCCUGGCCUCGAACAAUGAAUAUACAGUCUCUUUAUCACAUGGAACUGACUUCCCCGCACAUGGAACUCAGUGUGGAACGGAACUCUGCUACUGGAGAAUUACUUGGGAUCAAUGAGGUGGGACAUAUUCACUACUGCGUUGAUAAAUAAUGAAGUUAUUUAUGUUAGUGUGCAACGUGGUAUUUAUAAGAACAUUGCACUUGUUCAGAAAGCCAUGAGGCAGAAGAAACUUCACGUUAUUUAAACAAAAUUGAAAUCUUAUUUUUAGUGAUAUUUAUUAUCAGGAUAAAGCAGGAUAAAGUGUUUCCUUCUUUUCUCUCCUUCCUGUAUUGCUCUCGCGUGCGUGCGCACGCUCUCUCUCUCUUGCAUAUUUUAUUCCCUUUUCAGGUUUUGGUGAAUCAUGCUGGACUCUCAGCUCAAAAUUCUCUUUCCCUCCGCCGUCCCCCUGGCCCUCCUUCCCAGUCUGUCAAAGGAAGCACGUCAAAUUUUCCAUUUUGGCCCGGUAAGUUUACCCACAUAAGGGGGUAAUCCAGUUGCAGUCAUUGAGAAGAAAAGGGCAGAAGGUAUCUUUGACCUGUUAUUUUUAUCUCUCUCGCACUGUCACUCAUAGGUGGAAUGGAUGAACCUACUCUUGAGCAGAUGAAGACCAUUGGUGAGGAAGAGGAAGCCUUGGACUUUGAAAAGGGUACUGGCGCUUUUCUAUAUUAAUACAAAAAGUAGAUAACCUCGCCCCGCCUUAGAACACAAUAAUGUCUAAAAGUGAAGUCAAAUAUAAAUUAUAUGUACGUACUUUUGUUAAAAGUCUAUGAAGUCUUUGGUUGUUAUACAGUGCAUGGUAUCUCAAAGAAAAAGGAAAAAGAGAGACAAUAAUAGUGCAGUAUGUCUAUUACACAGUGAAGUAGAGUGCUAUAGCAAAAACUCACUCACAAUUUAUAGAGCUUCAAAGAGCUCUGCUGUGUAGGGCGUAGACGGUACAAUCCCCGUCACUGGAUAUAUUUUCAGCUACAGUGGUGGUAGACUUUAUCUGUGUCUCGAAUAUGUGAAGACAAAAAUUGGGAUAUUCAGUAGUGCAAUAUGUAUAUCAAAGUGGUAGUGCAUAGAUGAAACGGUAGGUAUCUUACUCACAUGAACUAGAGCAUGGACCUGCUCUAGUAUAAAGUGCUUUGGUGGUAUGAUCCCCACCUGGGAUAUAUGUGGAUCAGGAAGCCAACAAAAUUCAAAAUAAAUUACAUUUAUAUUUAAGCCCUUAAGGACCAAACCUUUGGAAUAAAAGGGAAUCAUGACAUGUCACACAUGUCAUGUGUCCUUAAGAGGUUAAAAGGAUUAUAAAUAUAAAAAUCAGUCCAAAUGGAAGACAGACCACACUUUACACGAUUCACCCUGAAUGGUUUCAUCAGAAGGGUGGUUUGUGAAUACAUAAUAUCAGUUUAUAUUGGCAAAUAAUUAAUACAUACACAUAAUACACAUGUGUAUGACAAUAUUCAUUGGCUUCCUUUCAAGUCUAAAUUAACAUAUCAAUUCCCAUUGGUGAGUUUAGAAAAUUUGUAUUGCUUCCUGUUCCUUUCGAUCCGUGACCUGAAGUGACGUGACUCAUGUAUAUCAGGCAGUUCGGGAAGAAUCACUAUCAUUGCCAGUGAGAUAGCUCAGUGGGCCGUUCGGGAAGGAUCGCUAUCAUUAGAUAGCUCAGUGGGCCGACGUACCACCAGCAGAACCUGCCCAACCAAUCGGUCACAGGUUAAAAUCCUGGCAGGGCCGACCCGCAUGUCCCAUUUUGUCCUUGAAAUGAUGAGUAUUCCAUGCAUGUGCGCAUCCUGGUAGUUUUUCGCCCAAUAUGUUCUGUAGUUCUGCGUAUCUGCAUUAGCCGCACAUGCGAAUCAGGGCACAUAGAAGCGAAAAUGGACAUCGUGAUAGAUGGUAAAUGUCUGGGGCUCAACAAUGGAGGAAAUAAAGAGUAAAAGAAGGGAGAAAGUAGAAGAAUGUGAAGGAGAGCUUGUAUAAUAUGCACAACAAGCGAAACAUACAGUGUAUUUGCACACAGUGCUUUUCUGUAUUAACCUGCAAGAUUCCACCGCCAUAAGUUUGUUUUUAUUCCAAGAUGGUAAGGUUAUUCUGGAUUGGAGGCUGAUUUACCUGAAAUGCCCCGGCUGUGCCUCUUGUACAGCACUUUGAAGAUAGUGAAAGACCUCAUAUAGGUUGUGUUAUAAAUCGGAAAAUAUUAAACUUUUUUUAACGUUAUUGUAAAUCAAAUAAUGGCAAAAUUAGAUGUAUUUUUAUGCAGAAAGAAGUGCACUUAUUGAAACUUUAUGAAAAACUGUGUAUACCAUGUGAUUGGAAUUCCAUUGAAAUCAAGAUAUCCAAAGGAAUGCUGGACUUUUUAUUUUUAUUUCCAGCAGUUUUUUUUUUGUUUUUUUUAAUUCUUUAUUUUUCAUAUGCAUAAUAUCAUAUAACAUAAACACCUGUAGCUCCAUGAAAGCGAGCACAGGCAUUCAAUGGCAAACCUUUAUUUAUUUAUUUUUAAGAGAAAAUAACGGAGUGGUAAUGCUAGUUGCAUUAGGUAUGUGUUUCAGAUUAUUGCAUGCUGUAGUCUACGAGUUGUGGCACAUAUUGAUUUUAUGGAUUAGGUACGUCUGAGGGUUCACGGGCUAUGUUCGUCUAGGAAUAUAGUUAUAGACACGACUAUACAUUUUAGCCUAACAACUCACUGCUGUAUCUAGAUCUACAUUUGUCCUACAUGUUUGGCAGAUCAUAAGAUUACAUUUGUAUCUGAGUAGGGGUACAUGAGUGAUCUAGGUGAUUGGAAGCAUGCCUAUAUAUUAUAUGGAAAGAGUUAAACGAUAUGCUAUACUGAGAAAAUCUAAAUGUAAACACGCUGGUAUUAAACGUUAUUUUACGAGUGUUUAUAUCACCCUGGCUGAACUAGAGUUCUUGAGUUGAUUAAUGCUCCAGGGGCCUUCGGCUUGGUGGGCCCGAGGCCUUGCUAGUGGUCUUGGGCUUGUGCUUAACCGACGCCAGCUCUGCCGUGUUGGUGUGACCGGGUAUGAGUGUCCACUGAGGUAGGGGUUCGGGCAGUGCUUCUCCAGGAGUGUCGCUGUGUUCUUUGUUGGUGUCUCGUGGGCAGCUUCCCCAAGCAGCCCAGAGCACACCUUCCGGACGUCUGGAGGUGAGUGUUUGUUAGGGAGGAGGUUCGGGCGCUGUUUGGGAUGAUUGGCUGCUGGGGGGCAUUGUGAGAUACUCUUCUAGGCCGCCAUGCUGCCUGAUGUACGUAGGGUGAGUAUACGGUCGGCCCUGCUGUGGGAGUACCUUGUUCUGUUGCAGGGACGGCAGUCGCUGGCAGGUGUAUACAGUGUGUGGUAUGAACCAGUUUAGCAGCCAUGAUGGGUCCGGCCAGGCGUCUGCCGUUGCUUGCCUGCGACAUGUCCCGUGGAGUGGGUGGUUGAGCGAUUGCUUGGGGGGUUGCGGUGCUUGGUAUGGUGGACCUGGGCUCUUUCGGUCCCCUGGGCCCGUUUCUGGAGGCCUUGUUGGUCGCUCUGUUCUCCGCAAGGGACUGCUGUACUUGGCGCACAUGGCAUCCACCAUCUUGGGUGUCACGUUCAGGCCCUUCAGCGGGAUGGCCUUGUCUUUAGGCAAUGGUUGCAUAGCCUCUGGGUUAGGAUCGGCACCAGUGGUCAGGAUAGAGGGGCAGCGGCCGUCUGCCCCUCUCACCACUGGCUUAGGCCCCCACUUGGUCAUCGAGGGCGUCACCUUCCGGGGACUGAAGCUCCAGGAGUCAGCCUCUCCCUGGAUCCGGUGCCUCUGUGGCACUGAAGACACGUGCUGUCGGUCUGUAUUUAGGUAGUUUGCCAUAUGCAUAGCAGGAGCUGAGCCCGCUUGCGACUGUCCCGCUCGGCAGCCAGCCCCGCCCCCAUUUCCAGCAGUUUUACAUAGACUUUUCUCCUUAAGGGCUGAUGAAUGAUGGAAUCAGGUAUUUUAAACUGUGAUAAGGAUGAUUUAAACAAAAAAAAACAAAAAAAAAAUUUUUUUACUCCUGAUUAUUGGACAAAUCCAGUCUUCUAGAACUUUCAUUCAUUGCCCUUUAAUGUCAAAAUCCAAACAAUCUCAAUUGUAUUCAUAUUUAUGUUUCUUCUUAAUAGAUCUCCUGACUGUUCCUCCUGGAUGGAAACAAGGAAUGAAUUUCAGACUGACAGGUGAUUCAACGUAUAAUAAAAUAUGUAAUCAAGCACAAUAUUCCAUUAACUUUAAUAUCCAAUGUAGAGGUUAUAGGAUGACACAGAAGCCGCACAAGCGGAUAUAGUUCACAAUAAUGUUAAGACUCCUAUUAAAUAUCACCUAAAACACUACAAAGCUAAUUUGUCUGCUAUUUUUCAGAUUCUGGGCGCUCCCUGGGGGUUCUACCUCUCACCAGCCUUUUAGGGGCCCUGGAUGAUUUCUCUCUGGGUGACUCCAGCGAGGAUGAGGAGGAAGGGAAAGGCAGUGAUCAGACUUGUAAGGAGGAGAAGAAGGUGGCAUUGACCAGGAGUGACAGCCUGGAGGAGCUUGGAGUUAUGGUAAAUAUUUUGGGAACACUGAAUUUGCGAUCAUUAAAAUGUUUUAAUGUGUAUUAGCUAUAGGGUUGCAGGUUCAUUCAUUUAAAUUUGUGAUGCCUAUUAGAAAAAACAGGAUAUGCUAUACAGGGCUGGUCCUGGUUUAAAAUGUGCGCCAUAUAGUUUGAAACUUUCUAAAAUAUUCCAUCUGACGGCACACAUUAACCCUGACUGGACAUUAACAGAUCUGAAUGAAUCAUUCAAAGUAUUUGAAGAACAAUGAGCUCGUUACACUUUUACUCAUUAUUGGUAUUGACUAAAUAAAAGAAAUGAAGAAUUUGACGGCUGUUCCGAGGUUCUGUUUGGCAUUCCAAUGAGAUAUAUCGUGUAAAUCCUAGCUUUGCCUCUUCCCAUGAUGUAGCUAUCCAGCUGUGGAUCUGUGGCCUUUAGACUGGCUAAGCAUUAUGGGAUUUGUACUUCUACAAUAAUUGUUACGGCAAUCUGCAGCAAUCAGCCAAAUAUAUCUUGGACUGUUGUGCAUUCUGCCAGUAUACAGGGUGCCUGCUGGGCUCAGCCUCUGAGCUGCAGGUUUAUUGCAUACCCCGCUUUCCUUACAGCUUGGAUUCAUUGAUUACAGAUGCAUGGUAUACAAGUGGAUAGUUCAGCAAAAUACAUUUUUCUGGGCACCUUAAAAAAAAAAAAAAAAAAAUCAUAGCGCUUUAAUGUAACAUUUCUGUGUGAUAGUCUCGUUUUUGUAUUAUGAGAAGAAAGAGCAGAAUGUUGUUUAUAAGAGAAAAUGGGAAGGAAACUAUAGAACUAUAGAAGCUUUUGUCGAGCCUAAAUUUCAGGGUGAACAGUCUAGUGGUAGUAGGUGAAAAUGGGGGGUAACCCCUAAUACUUUAAUAUCUUACACAGAAAAAAGAAUUGUAAAUAAAUAAAACAAAAAAUAAAAAAUGAAGGGUAAGGAAACUAAAACGAAGAGUUGGCUGGGAAUCCAAAAAGGGUGGGGGAAUCUGAAAGGGAAGGGGAAAGUCGGUGCUGAGUCAGUGUCCCACCAGCCAAAAGGACCACAUUAUCAAAAACAUAGGGGUGGGGAUCAUAGAGGUGAACUUUAAGACUGUUUUUCAUUCCUCCUUGCCAAUUUUAUCUGUAAAUUGUUUUCAUUCUGUUUUUCAGACCAUUUCUCCUCCGGCCCCCGCUUCCCUGACCCCUCAAGCAGAUGUCGCUGUUGAGCACUGGGCUGUACCUCUGAACAGUAAUGAUCCUGUAGCAGAUUUCUAUAAGCUCAUACCCCAGCUGGCGUUUAAGGUUUGUGUAUAGAAUGUAAUUACAUGUAAUAAUCUGAGCAGACUUCCUGCUACUCAUGUAUAUUGUGGCAGAACCAACCUCGCCACUGUGCACUGGAGAAGCCUGGUUCCUCGCCUGCUCCCUUUAGAUUAUGGCCCUGCAGUUCAGAGCUGUUAUUCUCCCUGCUGAAAGGUUUAUUCGUGCCUUUCUGCCAGGGUGUUCGGUAGAUUCCAUCUACCGAACAAACUACCGAACGAUGGACCACCUGGGAGCUGGAGUGUGCCGUCAAUUGACCGCCCAGAAGCUGCGGUUAACCGCAGCUUAAUUGAUGAACGCUGGGUGGCCUUUGUUCGUCUGCCGAACACGUGGCAGCGGCCAUUUUACCUCCCGAACGGCCAGCGGUGUUCAGCGCCCAAACUAUGGAACUGAAAACGGACACUUAUUGGCGCGAACACCGCUGAGCCGCCAGCCUCCUUACCUUCCCAUUCGGUAAGCAGAACCGAAUGACUGUUCAUUCGGUAGUUUCGCCGGAUGAACAGCAUCCCCCAGAUAGCUAAGCCAUGGAGCCUAUUCGUGUAACGAAAGACUAUGGGAAAGACUUUGGCUCCAUGGCGAUUGAACUGUAUGUAUGUGAUCUGAGCGCCAUUCGGUAGUAAUGUGCGCUCAGAUCUAAGCUAUCUGGGGAUAUGUAGAAUGUAUAUGUUUUAGGUAAUAAAUGUGGCUGUAUGUAAUUUUAGGUCUUUUACUGUAUUGUUACUACCAUGUGGUUAAUGGAGUUUUGCCUCUGUCCUGGAAGAUAAGUGGAUUACUUCCCAAUUAUCUCCAGGACAGAGAGGAGGGAUUGUGAUGUAAUUGUGAGAGUGUUUAAAGGUCUAUGUCUGUGAUUGGCUAAGAGCCAAUAUGUUUCCCAGUUUCCCAUUUGGUCCCCUAGGGGAGUGUCCACCAGGUGGGAGACCUGCAUAAAAGCCGAUCAGUUAGCCCCAGUAAACCAGAUUCUGCUUGACCCUCAAAACGAAGUGUCGUCUCGUCUUUGGGGAGGAUUUACUGUAUGCUGUUCGAGACUGAUUGCCAGGAGUGUAAGCCGCUUGGGGGCUUUUCCUGUUCAUCUGCUAACAGCUAUUCGUGUGUCUCUAGUUCGGGAGUUGGUGAAUUCGUGGGUUUGCAGUAGCUGUCUGUACAUCUGAAAAAGGGGAAUAUCGCCUAAACGGUUUUUAACCUCUUGUGGGAAAAACGGUCCGUUACAUAUAUAAGAAAUGGUUAUUAAUUAGUACACUGAUUUGGUUUGUCUGUAAUUUUACAUUUUAUGAAUGCAUAUAGUGUAUAGAUACAGUUUGUGUACCUACCUGAAGGUGACCUCGUCAUCUAUCGUUUUUAUGUAUGGCAGGGCCCAUUUACUGCUAAAACAAUAUAUAAAGAUAAUGUUUGUUCAAGUAACAUCGCUCCUGCUCGGAUACCACAAUAUAGGAUUUAUAUGUGAACCAGGAAUAUUUUGCAAACAAUUUGCAAUUGCCUUGUCAACUCUCCAAACAUUCUAGGUAAGUAAAUAACCGGCCCCUUCAAUGUGUAGUGUAAACGGUAUACUUAAAGGUUUUUGACCAGAGACCUUUUAACCCUAAGGAGGCUUAGAAAUAAGUUAGUUAAAAUAAAUCUCCAGCACUAAAGUUGUUAAACGCAACGUGUAUUCUUCCUGUCCUAAUUUUAAGACCAGUAAUUAUUCAACAUGUUCAUUACUGGACUGCUCACUCACAGUGUCAGUAAAAAAUAUAUGUAGGAGAAUCAUCUGGACAGAGAUGUCUGAAGGUAAAAUUCCAUUCACUAGGAUAAUAGUGAAUUUUCUGAAUAUUGAUUUGCUUUUCAGUAACAGGCUGUGCAUUGGGCUCUGCAGUAUCUGUAACCUGUGCUUAGAAUCAAGACUAAACUCUCUGCUCUUCUUCCACCUGUGCAGCACCCGUUCGAGCUGGACCCCUUUCAGAAGAAGGCUGUUCAGUGCCUGGAGGCUGGCUCCUCUGUGUUUAUUGCUGCACAUACAUCAGCUGGCAAGACUGUGGUGGCAGAAUAUGCUAUAGCACUGUCUCUCAAACACAUGACCAGGUGAGCGGACGUGAAACGUGACAGUUUAUGUAGCAUCUCCACCCUCCAACUUGUAAAAUCUAUGCCAGUUCUUUGUUAGUUUUAGUGGUAUCUGGUUUUAUAUAUUUUAUGGUAAUAGUUCUAGAAGUUUAUAUUCACUAGUGCGUUCUAGAGAUGUCAGGGUCUUUUCUUUACCUAGUCUCAGUGGUGAUACAUUCUGGCUAUCUUCAGUCCUAGAGGUAGAAAGGCAUGUAUCUGUUACUGUGCCAGCCCUAGAGUAGCAGGGUUUGUAUAUUUUACUGUUAGUCCUUAUGUGAUUUUUUUUCCUAUAGGUUCAGAGUCUGCAUGUCUCCCUGUGAGGUCUGACCCUCCUCCUGUUAUUCAGUUCACAGAUUUAUGAUGAUUGAUAUUUUUACCUUUCCACAUAUCCAUCCAUUCUCAGAAUCCUUCCUGUGCUAUCGGUGUCUUCCCUUCUGUCUCUGAUUUAGGACUAUUUACACUUCACCCAUCAAAGCUUUAUCCAAUCAGAAGUUUCGAGAUUUCAAGAUAACGUUUGGGGAUGUGGGUCUGAUUACCGGUGAUGUACAGCUCUAUACUGGGGCACCGUGUCUCAUCAUGACAACAGAGAUUCUCCGGUUUGUAUCUCAAUAACUGACUGCUUUCAGAGUGGAUGUUCUCUCCUUCUCUCUACUUUCUGUGUAGACUCUCUCACAUGACGCAGUCUACGUGUACUUGCUCUUUGUCUGGCUGCUUUCUGUGUGAUCUCUCUCUCUCUCUCUCUCUCUCUCUCUCUCUCUCUCUCUCUGCUUUCUGCCUGGACACUUGCCCUGUCUCUCUGCUUUCUGUGAAGACUUUGUCUGGCUGCUUUCUGUGUGGAUUCUCUUAAUUACCACAUCUCUCUUCCUCUCCCCACAGGUCAAUGCUUUAUAACGGCUCUGAUGUUAUUAGAGAUUUAGAGUGGGUCAUCUUUGAUGAAGUUCAUUACAUCAAUGAUGCAGAGGUAGGUGUCUUUGUUUAGUACAUGAGCUGCUAUUGUCCCCUUCCCAUCUCAAGGCUAUUGACACCAUAACCCCAUAUCUCUGGUUCUGCAGCGCGGGGUUGUGUGGGAAGAGGUUCUGAUAAUGUUACCCGACCACGUGAACAUCAUUCUGCUGAGUGCCACAGUCCCCAAUACCGUGGAGUUUGCAGACUGGAUAGGGUAAGUGUCUGUAAUAUUCAUUGGGUCUAUCUUCUAGUGCCUCUUCCUGCUGUACUGCAUAGCGCCGAGUCCCCCUAUAAUUCUAUAUGCUACAUAGUGCAGUCUCCUCUGUAUAUAUUCCUAUUUAUUCCAUAGCGCAGUUCCCUCCUGUAUUCCUAUCUAUACCAUAAUGUAGUCCCCUCCUGUAUUCCUAUCUAUACCAUAACGUAGUCCCCUCCUAUAUUCCAACACAUACUAUAAAACAGAUGUUUUCUUAAAACCUCCAGCAGUAUUGUGGAAAGCUAAGCAGUGCUCACAUAUUUGACACUCGAAGGGUUCAGUAAUUCUAACUUUUCAUGAUUUCUCCAAAACAACUAUUUCCAGGAGAAUUAAAAAGAAAAAAAUCUAUGUAAUCAGCACGACGCGGAGACCUGUUCCAUUGGAGCAUUAUCUGUACACGGGGAACAGCCAGAAGACACAGAAUCAGUUUUUCCUGCUGCAGGAUGCGUCUGGAGCAUUUCAGACAAAAGGGUAAGGCUUGGUCCCCGUCAUCUGUAACAGCCAAUGGCCUUUAUAUGAACAGUCAUAAAAUUACACUUUGCACACAAACUCAGUGAUUGUCUGGGUCACACCGCACAAGUGGUGUGCUAUUCACACCUGAUAUCUCUUCCUGUUUCUUGGUGCGCAAGAUCGAUUCUUUAAUUUUACUUUAAUUUUACUCAAUUAUCUGCUGGCCAGAAACAUUAACAAUUUUCAACAUUUUUAGAAAUAUAUUUUAUACAUGACAUAGGAAUAUAAUAUACAUCCCUGGGUAGCUGAGGAUACUGGGAGUAACAUAUCCAAAUUGCGUGAAAAUCCGUUCGGUAGUUUUCUUGUUGCAUCGCGUGGAAGUUUGAACAGCUCGCCAUGUGGUUGUAUCCGAGUUAGAGUUCCAUGAAAUUGGUAGCAAGAGCCGGUCUCCGUUCGUGCAGAAUUACACGAAAACUACCACAGUUAUACGAUAUCUGGUUACAUGUGAAUGCUCCCCUCAUUCGGUUGAUUGAAAUUCCCAAACGCCAGUCUGAUACUGUGAGUGGAAAUAGGUCAGACGGGACUUCCAUGGAGACCGGGUGUUUGUGUGAUUGCCAUGCCGAAAAUGGUUCCAGGCAAUCCACGAGUAAGUCCCGCUGGCCGCGUUCUGGAGAUUUAAGAUGGCUGCCAUCCUUUGUUCUCGCCAUGUGUUCGUAUGCCGAAUGGCGGCCACCUAGAAGCACUGAAUUACCUGCGGUUUUCGUGGUUACUUGGUGUUCUAAGUUCUGAUUGCUACCCAGGGUGGUCUCCGUUCGGUAGAACGAAUAAAUGUCCCAAGCACAGAAAUAAAAUUUACUACUGUAAAGGCACUUAACUAGCAGGGAGAGGAAAUAACCGAAUGGGUACAGGUAAAUACAGGGAAAUCCUUUACACUCCCUUUUUUGGUUUUGGCAGAGAUUAUUGCUCCUACGUUCUGAUGUCAUUUCCUGUAUGAUAACGAUGUUGCCAGCUUAAUUUUUUUAUUUCCCCUUUAGAUGAUAAUUUGUGUUCUGUGAUGUAUUUUAUUUUUCUGGACUGCUAUUAACUUACUUGCUGCCAACUUACUGUAUUGAAUUUAUAAUCACUAAUCCACCAGAUUUGCCUGACUUUGUUCACCUGCAAACAAUGUCACUGAGGAUUUUGGCAUAGAGAGGUGUCAGUCAGAAGAAAUUAAUAAUUCAAUCCUAUCACAAAGGAAAUGUACGUAUUACUGGAUUUACAAAACAGAGAAUAUGAGAACUCGGAGUACUGAAAAAAGCUUAGAGAAACUCCGUAGCUUGCCCUUCGGUAAAUCCCUCAGGUCUUGCCCUCAGGUCUCAUAACAGUUUUUGCUCACUUGUGCCAUUACAGAGUGAACCUAUACCAUUCACAUCAGACUAAUUCAACACAUCAGCCCAGAACCAAAAUGCUGGCAGGUUCUCUCUGCACAAGAGAUACAGAAACCCCAAAUAAUAGUUUUGGCCUUCGAUGGGCCUUGUCAGCGAGCUAUAGCUGAUACCCCUGUAUGCACAGUGAGCAUUGGCUCCACGUUUGAAUUACCCCUUUUACUUGGGGAGAGCCAGGUUAAUGCCUUAAAACAGAAACACAAAAUAUGAGAACUCUGAGAACAGGCAAAACUGGGGUAAGCUGUGUAUUCCCAAAUUGGAAUAAGAGGGUAUUUCACAGAUCUCUCUUUGAUUUUUUCUCUGUGAAGUAACAAGUGGGUGCAUGAGAUAUUGGUAUAUUAAACAGGAGAAUGUUAUGUUAAACCAAGAAUUCCAGGUGCUAGCUAGUAUUAACAGGUCACACAGGGAAUUAUAAGGCAGUAUGAUUAGAAGAUCAAGGAGGUAGUCUCGGAAUGGAUUUGUAAAACUCAUUUCUGUUUUGUCUUGCUCAGGUACUAUGCUGCAGUUGAAGCCAAGAAAGAAAGGUCAUCAAAAUACUCUCAGACGUUUGGGGCAAGACACCCACAUGGUGGUGGUGCUGGUCAUGUGAGUAAAUUGGAGGCAGCCGAUUACCUCAAUAAAACCCCAAAAGAUUGUUACUGGGUGGGAGUGGGCAUUAUUCACUGUGUGCAAAGCAGAGUGAUCCGAGUGCUGUGGGAAGUUAGUUAACAUGAUCGAAAGUUAAUGCCAGGAGCACAUGGGGAAAUAGUAAGAUCACACAGUCAGAAGAAGUGAAAUAGGGGAAAUAGUAAGAUCACACAGUCAGAAGAAGUGAAAUAGGGGGAAUAGUAAGAUCAUACAGUCACAGGAAGGGAAAUAGGGGGAAAUAGUAAGAUCACACAGUCAGAAGAAGUGAAAUAGGGGAAAUAGUAAGAUCACACAGUCAGAAGAAGUGAAAUAGGGGGAAUAGUAAGAUCACACAGUCAGAGGAAGUGAAAUAGGGGGGAAAUAGUAAGAUCACACAGUCACAGGAAGUGAAAUAGGGGGAAAUAGUCAGAUCACACAGUCACAAGAAGUGAAAUAAGGGGAAAUAGUCAGAUCACACAGUCACAGGAAGGGAAAUAGGAGGAAAUAAUAAGAUCACACAGUCAGAGGAAGUGAAAUAGGGGGAAUAGUAAGAUCACACAGUCACAGGAAGUGAAAUGGGGGAAAUAGUCAGAUCACACAGUCACAGGAAGUGAAAUAGUAGAAGAUCACACAGUCACAAGAAGUGAAAUAAGGGGAAAUAGUCAGAUCACACAGUCACAGGAAGGGAAAUAGGAGGAAAUAAUAAGAUCACACAGUCAGAGGAAGUGAAAUAGGGGGAAUAGUAAGAUCAUAUAGUCAGAGGAAGUGAAAUAGGGGGGAAUAGUAAGAUCAUACAGUCAGAGGAAGUGAAAUGGGGGAAAUAGUAAGAUCACACAGUCAGAGGAAGUGAAAUAGGGGGGAAAUAGUAAGAUCACACAGUCACAGGAAGUGAAAUAGGGGGGAAUAGUAAGAUCAUACAGUCAGAGGAAGUGAAAUAGGGGGGAAUAGUAAGAUCACACAGUCAGAGGAAGUGAAAUAGGGGGGAAAUAGUAAGAUCACACAGUCACAGGAAGUGAAAUAGGGGGAAAUAAUCAGAUCACACAGUCACAGGAAAUGAAAUGGGGGAAAUAGUCAGAUCACACAGUCACAGGAAGUGAAAUAGGGGGAAAUAGUAAGAUCACACAGUCACAGGAAGGGAAAUAGGGGGAAAUAAUAAGAUCAUACAGUCAGAAGAAGUGAAAUAUAAGCGUAGAUAACCGCUCACACAGUCCAAGAAGCAAAGUAUAGAAUGGAAGCGUUAGAUCACAGAAACUCGGUCAGUGAGCACAGAUUAGGAAUAGGACCCAAGCGUUAAUGAGCAGCGCAUAGAAUAGACAAGCAAUAAUCAGUUUAACCCAUAGCAGGGCACAGAAUGUGAUGAGUGUCUAAUCCACAUGAGGGUGCAGAAUGGUAUCAGUGACGUACCAGGUAUAAUCUGAAUCAGGGCAAAAAAUGGGGUGAAUGACAGCCAGCAUAUUUCAUUUACAGAGGGGCCCUGAUUCGAUGAGUGAUUUAAGCUUGUUUAAAUUAUUUCCCUGGGUUUUCUCCGUAGGAUAAGGGCACAUGGCUGUCUUUGGUGCAGUCUUUGCGGCAGCGCGAUGCUCUCCCUGUGGUAAUAUUUACUUUCUCGCGCUCACGGUGUGAGCAAAACGCUGCUGCGCUGAGCACUUUGGAUCUGUGCAGUACAUCGGAAAAAAGUGAAGUCCAAACCUAUUACACCAAGUGCCUGAGCCGCCUGCGUGGAGGGGACCGUCAGCUGCCCCAGGUGUGUAUCCACUGUAGGAGUUGGUUGUCAUAGAAAUAGAAUGGUCAUGUGACUGUGUCCUUGCCGUAAAAUGUAACUCAUUUCCAUGUAUGAUUUGUUUAUUUUCCUCCAGUGAAGAAUUGCCGUUUACAUAUCAAUAUUUAUUCAUUUGUUUGAUAUGUUUAUAGCAAGCAAGCAUCUGGUCCUUCGUGUGUUCAUUUAUACAGAUAUCGGCGAAUUAUGUUUGUCCAUUCUCCAUACAGGUACUGUACAUGCUGGACCUCUUGAAAAGGGGCAUCGGCAUCCAUCACAGUGGAAUCCUGCCCAUCCUGAAGGAGGUGGUGGAGAUGUUGUUUAGCCGCGGUCUUGUUAAGGUGAGUGUAUUGCUAAGCUAGUCGUCAUUACGUCUAGGCGCAGCCAGGCAGAAUGGAGACUGUCUUUAAGGUCACAGUGCGUUUAGUAGAAAACCUUAUACUGUCUGAAUCUGGUAUCAAAGAGCCCUCUGUUUUCAGUUGGGGGUAAAAUGAGGACAAUGCAGCAAUAGUUGGCACAGAUUGCAGGAUGGGUUUGCAGGAAAAAAAAAAGUUGUUUGUUUAUUUUUUGUCCUUUGCAAAAGUUGUGAUGGCAUAUUCUGUUACCGAAUUUACUGUGUCCCUUCACCUGACUAGUUCAAAAUCAAUACUAAUGGGCAAAUAUGCAUUUUAGAACAUAUUUCAGGUGUGAUAAUAGAAAGAUCGAAAAAUACUCCUAUGACCUGGAGGAAUUGUUAAUCCAGUAAAAAGCGUAUAAAGAGUUACUGCAAUAGUUCAUUUUAUUUGUACAUCUAUGACUGAACUAAGACAGCAACACAAAUAGUAUCACUGUGUAUUUCUUUAGAAUCUGCUGGUGUCUGUUGGAAUAGUCCUGAAGUGGCUGUUUAGGUGACUGACCCUGCUCCAGUCGCACUGAAAAAGUGUUUUACUCCCUUUUUCUCCCACCUUUCACUGGUCUUGCAGCGGAGGGCUCCACCUCUAUGGCUGAGAUCAUCAAUCUUACUGAUCUCAGCCAAUCCAGGAGGCUAUUGCGCAUGUGCGGCAAAACCUCACCCUACACCAAUCAGCAUCUCCUCGUUGACUUUAAUUGAAUCAAUGCAUCUCCAUGGGGAGCGUUCAGCGCCUCCAUGCAGAGCUAGGAAGCAACUCUAGUCGCCAUCUGAGUGACUGCCACUAAAGCUGUCCCUUUUCUCUGAAAAGACAGUGUUUACAUUAAAAAGCCUGCUGGGGUAGACUAUAGACAACAGAACCACUACUUUAAGCAAUAAAGUGUACCUUUAAGCCAAGCAUGUGCGUUUCGGGGGUCAUACCAGGCUGCUUUUGCAGGUAUAUGUGUCUUGCAUUUAUGGUUGUGAAUUGUAAAACAUACUAGGCUCUUCCAAACAAAGUAUCUCUAUGAAUCUUGCAGCCUUCAGUACAAGGGAGGUGUGACCUUGUCUACUUUUUUUGGAAAUGCUAAAUUAAACCGACUUGGUGUAUGCACUGAGGUGGGAGAGGAUAAAGGUGUUUAUUCUUCUUAGUUUAGCCUGUGUACGUUAGCCUUGAUAUCAUCUACUAUCCGAUCCCUGUAAAUAUUUGGGGAAGAGUUUAUUCCCGGGCUAAAGUCUGUUUUAUGUCGUAAUCAAACACUUUGUACACAGGCUGUGUUUAAGGUCUAGUAUACGGCUUUAGUUGUCUAUCAGCUCAUUGCAGAUAAUUGGGAUCUGCUUUCGUAACUGAUCGCUCACAAUAGGCCAUAGGACAAUUACUUCUGUUUAGAUUGGCAUUACAAACCUUUACUGCCAGUAAACCAUCUAAAUGUGCAAACAGCUGUUAUCUAUUCCUUUAAAUCUUUGUACUCUUAUACGCCGGACCACCUACUGUAUAGGUCAUUUCUAGUAAACUCUGGACCAUUUUCUAAUAAACUGACAUGGAAUCUAAAGAAAUCCAACACGGUUAUUUACUAACGUGAAAAUCGACGGAAAUUCAUAGUGAACUCCAAGUGAAUUUUAAAUAUAAGGCAAAAAUAUUUUGGCCUAAAUGUUGAAAUUACCUUGAAUUUCCAACAAUUUUUACUUUAGUGAAAAAGUUUUGGGAUUUCUGUACCUGCUGACCGAUACAUACAGAUUUAUAUACAUGCUGAUCGAUACAUACAGAUUUAUACACAUGCUGACCGAUGCGUACAGAUUUAUAUACAUACUGACCGAUGCGUACAGAUUUAUAUACAUACUGACCGAUACAUACAGAUUUAUAUACAUGCUGACCGAUGCGUACAGAUUUAUAUACAUGCUGACCGAUACAUACAGAUUUAUAUACAUACUGACCGAUACAUACUGAUUUAUAUAGAUGCUGACCGAUUUAUAUACAUAUUGACCGAUACAUACAGAUUUAUAUACAUUCUAACCGAUACGUACAGAUUUAUAUACAUAUUGACCGAUACAUACAGAUUUAUAUACAUGCUGAUCGAUACAUACAGAUUUGGGAACAUACUGACCGAUACAUACAGAUUUAUAUACAUUCUGACCGAUACGUACAGAUUUAUAUACAUAUUGACCGAUACAUACAGAUUUAUAUACAUGCUGAUCGAUACAUACAGAUUUGGGAACAUACUGACCGAUACAUACAGAUUUAUAUACAUUCUGACCGAUACGUACAGAUUUAUAUACAUAUUGACCGAUACAUACAGAUUUAUAUACAUGCUGAUCGAUACAUACAGAUUUGGGAACAUACUGACCGAUACCUACAGAUUUAUAUACAUGCUGACCGAUACCUACAGAUUUAUAUACAUGCUGACCGAUGCAUACAGAUUUAUAUACAUGCUGACCAAUACGUACAGAUUUAUAUACAUGCUGACCGAUGCGUACAGAUUUAUAUACAUUCUGAUUGAUACACACAGAUUUAUAUACAUGCUGACCGAUACAUACUGACCGAUACAUACAGAUUUAUACACAUGUUGACCGAUACAUACAGAUUUAUAUACAUGCUGACCGAUACAUACAGAUUUGUACACAUGUUGACCGAUACGUACAGAUUUAUAUACAUUCUGACCGAUACAUACUGAUUUAUAUACAUUCUGACCGAUACAUACAGAUUUAUACACAUGUUGACCGAUACGUACAGAUUUAUAUACAUUCUGACCGAUACAUACUGAUUUAUAUACAUACUGACCGAUACAUACAGAUUUAUAUACAUGCUGACCGAUACAUACAGAUUUAUAUACAUGCUGACCGAUACAUACAGAUUUAUAUACAUUCUGACCGAUACAUACAGAUUUAUAUACAUUCUGACCGAUACAUACAGAUUUAUACACAUGUUGACCGAUACGUACAGAUUUAUAUACAUUCUGACCGAUACAUACUGAUUUAUAUACAUACUGACCGAUACAUACAGAUUUAUAUACAUGCUGACCGAUACAUACAGAUUUAUAUACAUUCUGACCGAUACAUACUGAUUUAUAUACAUUCUGACCGAUACAUACAGAUUUAUAUACAUGCUGACCGAUACAUACAGAUUUAUACACAUGUUGACCGAUACAUACAGAUUUAUACACAUGUUGACUGAUACGUACAGAUUUAUAUACAUUCUAAACAAUACAGACAGAUUUCUAUACAUGCUGACCGAUACAGAGAGAUGUGGGCUCAUACUUACUGUUAAACCCUUCUAAACCCUUCUAAUGAUGAGAAGUUUCAUUUUUCACGAUAACGAUUGAUCAGAGCACGGUUAACAUGUCCACUUGGAGAUUUAGGACUGACUCUGCCUCUCCAUAGUACGUACGUAGAUUAUAGAGAUACUACUGGCGUUUCUCAAAGUUUUAAACCAUGCAUAUAAGGGGAAAAGACUGUUAGAACAGGAAUAUUUUUAGAAAUUGUACAGUUACUGUAGGAUAUUUUAACCCUCAAGUGGCACAUACAAGCCAUACUGAGACAUUUUUUAAUACUAUUUUCACAUUGCCCAGUAAAACCCCAUCUCCCCCCAUUAGUAUAACUAUUUAGCAUGAAACCAUAAAUUACACAUGGACAGUUGGCCAAAGAAGAUACAUUUCAGCCUGUUUAAAAAAAUAAAUGCACAAAUAAGUGACUUCCAGCCUGGAGUAUCCCUUUUAUAAAUACAAAUGUCUUUUUGGUGAUAUGUUUUGUCUUGACGGUUUUCACCAUCACCACCAGCAAGUAGCUUUGUUUCUAAUACAGUAUGGGGGUCUCAUGAAGUUGUCAGUGUAUUACCGCUCUCUCCUGGCCUCACUAUCCUGCUCAGAUUAGACAUGUCUGAUCUAAAUACUCCUCUGCUGUGUCUCUUAGAUCCUUUUUGCCACAGAAACCUUCGCUAUGGGAGUCAACAUGCCCGCUCGUACUGUGGUGUUCGACUCCAUAAGAAAACAUGAUGGUUCCGUCUUCCGAGACCUAACGCCAGGUAUGCCAGAGGUAUUGGGCAGUAGUUCUAAAGACAAAGUCUGAAUACUAAAAGUGGAGCUGUUUAUUGCAACAUUCCUUUGGUUUCCAUGGUGAUUGCUCCGCACAGCGCUUUUCCUCAGAAUUGUCCUUUACAUAUCCGCUGGGAGAUUUUAUACGAGCAUACUGAUAUUUUAUUGUUAUUAAUAAUAAUACAUUGUUAUUUUUAUAUAGCACAGGGAAUUCCAGAUACAGGAUAGAGGAUUCUCAUGCAAUAAAGUGAUAUAUAAAAUGACUAACUUGUGGAGGUUUUAUUACAAACCUAAAUAGUUAUUGUUUUAGUUUAUUAUAUCAUGAUUCAUCUUACCAUAUAAACAUCUACUUUUCUGAGUUUAAUAUAAGUAGAUUAUUUUUUUCAUUUUGCUGUAAAUGGAUAAUCUCACAUCUUUCGCAACAAAUGUUCAAAGCUUAAAUAGGUAUUUUGUGUUUACCAUAAGCGGCUGGCAAUUUAAUUUCACCACGGGUAGAUAUUUCUUUAUCACUACAAAAAGUAGGUCGUUUUAUUGACUUUCCCAUUUAUGUAAGGGUACCUGGAGUAGAUCCAUUUACUGAAAGCAGAUCAUUUUUAACUCUACAAAAAGUAUAUUGUUUUAUGUUUCUUCUGCAGCAACAUUUUUACUUUAAGCAAUUAGUAUUUUGAUUUUUGCACUCUUAUCGUUUUUUGGGCAGUAAGCAUUUUAUAGAUAUAUUUCAACCCUGUUGUAUUUGUAGUGCAUUUCUUAUGGUACAAAUGGUAUAUAAAUUCACUUCCUUUUCAGGGGAGUAUAUACAGAUGGCCGGUCGCGCUGGGCGCCGAGGUCUAGAUACUACAGGCAUGGUGAUAAUAUUGUGUAAAACGGACGUGCCGGAAAUGAGCGAUCUCCACAAGAUGAUGUUGGUGAGAAAACUGUGAUCAACCAUAGAACUUGCACUCUAUACUUUUCCAAGACUGUGUAGGUAACUCCUUGCACCAUAACAACUACAAUAUGCUGCAGUGAUUAUGGUGCUAAGAGUGCUCCAUUGAAGUGAAUUCACUAAGCGCCGAGUACAUUGAAGAUUUAACACCCUAGAAUAUCUCCUGACUUCCACUCAAGCUAAAACUUGAAAGCUGAAUGAAUCCAUAAUGCUGCAGAUUCUCACGGUUUGUUUUGUGUUAUCUCUGUUCUUGUCGUCUUUUGUUCAACCUUCUGAUCUCCCACUUUAUUACUAUCUGUUCUCUUUCCAUGUUUCUUGCUGUCCUCUUGUCUUGCUCACCGUCCACUAUCCCCACAUUCUAUUCUCCACUCUCAUCUUUUUCAGGGUAAGCCCACUCAACUGCACUCUCAGUUCCGUCUGACAUACUCCAUGAUCCUUAAUCUUCUACGAGUUGAAGCUCUGCGGGUGGAAGAUAUGAUGAAGAGGAGUUUUGCUGAAUCAAGGACACAAAAAGACAGCAAAGUAAGGCCAUCCCUUCCUUUGAAGGAUGAGACCCCUUCGCCUCCUCUGCCACUGCUCUGCAGGUAACUCAAUAACCUCUUGUGUUUGACAGGCACAUGAACAACGAAUAAAGCAUCUAACCAAGUCCCUGGCAGAUAUGGGGGACAUCGAGUGUACAGGCGACCUUGCAGAUCUCCAUGACUACUUUGUGACGGUUCAGGAGCUGAUCCAUACCAGAGAACUCUUGCAGGUAAGAUCCAGGCAUCUUGAUAUGGCUUCCACAAAAUAUAAUAUUCUAUUAAAGCUUUACCUCUGCUUUGUACAUGUAAAGAGGCAACAGACCAUGACUUUAUGUAAGCAAGUUCUUCAGCAAUGGGAUAUACAGCUAGUCCCCACUUUCCCCAGCCUGUACGACUGAAAAAUCUGUUUGCUAGCUGUAACACUUUAUAUUUCAAAUAUUUGUAAAUAUUUGUAAUGAAAUGAAUGGCUAAUUAAAGGAUUUAAUUACUAAAAACUAUUUUUCAUAUUUUGACCCUCUAGAGCUACCAAACAAUGUGUUCUGGUCUGUUAGCCAACAAAAAAUAAACAUUGAGAACCCAAGAACUACAUCUAAAAUCUUACACUUUGUGCUUCUCUAGAGAAGGGUGGUCGAGUCUAUUAACGGAAUGAAAUGUUUGAGUGUGGGACGUGUCAUCAUUAUUAGAACAGACUAUCACCAGUGGGUGCCUGGAGUCAUCCUACAGGUAUGGUAUGGCCUGAAAUAAUAGCCAGUACAAGCUUUGAUUAAAUGGGGCAUUCGGACCAUUUUGUAUUAUUCCCGCAGGUAUCAUCCGAUGCCUCAAAUAGGAUCUACACUACCUUGGUGCUAUGUGAGAAGAGGAGAGAUGGAGGAGUAGUCCCAAUAGAAAAGGAAAAAGAUAAGAAAAGUGCUCCUACACCCGAUGAUAUACUGAUUGGCAAAGUAUACAGACCGGAGGGUGAGCUAUUAACAUGUCGGCAAUCUAUACAUACAUGAAUGUUGUCGUCUGUGUGAGAUAAUUUAAGAGGGCUCGGUUUAGAAAAUAUAGUGUUAAUGGUGGAAACAAGGAAAGACAACACUGGCAGAUGGAGGGUGAGAGUAUAGAGAGUGUUGGCCAAACAGGACAAUAGGAUUUUGUCUUUGAUGGUUUUGUUAUGAAUAACAAGCUAACAGUAAAAGUGUUCUUUCUGAACUGUGAUGGGAAGUUUUAGAAGGAUAAAGAAUGGCCACACGUUGCAAGCAGGGAACCAUACCUCCACAUGUUCUAUCGGACUAAAAGUGAUGCUUUAUUAUAUUAUUUUCUCCAGGGCCCUGUGAUCACAAACUCCUCAAGCUCCAGCCCUCUGACAUUGUUCUUGUGACCGGGAAAACAUUGCGAGUUCAUGCCGACAAAGUUCUGGAUGAUAUCAGCAGAAGUCAGACUCCUCGCUAUAGGUACCUUCCCCAGAUCAUGAAGUCAUGAGUGGCGCCUGAACAUUUCACCCUUUGUUCUCUCUUUACCCAUUGUCCUGUCUGUAUCUGUGUUCAUUACCACUUCUUCCCUCUGCUUCCUGUAUUUACAUGCUUCUUCAUAUGGAUUUUACUUCAUUAAAACCUAAUCCAUGUUUCUUUUAUCCUCGUCACAGGAACGAUCCUCCAGGUCCCGCAGUGUCUGCUGUAACCCAAGAACUGUCCCGGCUUUCAGAUCUGCCGCCAGGGUCUUUACCUUUCCUCUGUCCCGUCAAUGACCUUCAGCUAAAAGACAUGGAGGUGGUGGAGGCAGUUAGCAGGACUAGAAGAUUAGAAGCAUCAUUAAGAGGGUUCAGCUGCCCCAACAGUCCCAGAUUUAAUUCCCAAGUAGGUUCAGCACUUAUUUCCAUUACCUUUAGUGUACACAAUCAGCAUGUGCAUCAUGUAUACCACGUAUAUUUAUGUAAUAGGCUUUCCUAUUAACAAGGUUUUAAUCCCGUUGUACAGCGCUAUGAAAUUUGCUGGCGCUGUAUAAAUAAUAAUAAUAAUAAUAAUAUGUCUCUAAUAUUUUAUAUCAUUCAGUAUCUCCAAGUAGAACAGAGAUCAGAUGUGUUGGAUGAACUGGAUCGACUCCGCUUCCUGACGUCCGAUCAGUCAUUGAGCCUUUUGCCGGAGUAUCAACAGAGAAUCAAAGUGAGCUAUUGGGGUGAAAGGAGAAAUGGUAUCAGAAGAUAAGGAAAUCCAAUGAAAGAUGGGUGAUAGGGGGCCUACAGCAAAGUCAGCAACACGGGGUGUCUGUGCUUACAAUACAAAUGAACCGAACAGGGAGGGCUUGAAGAAAGUAAUAAACUGGAAAUUUGCAAAGGGAAAAGAUGGAGAGGUAUAUGUUUGGGGUCGUUGUGAGACGUGAAAAUCCUAUAAAAGGACUUUUUAAGGGAUUACACAGAUAGAAACUGAAAGGCAUUUGGGGAUUGACUGAUUUAAAGGGAUUCCAGUGGUUAUGACUGAAAAGGAUUCUGGGAGUUUGGAAGGAAUGGGGCUGGGGAAAGAGAAACAAAAUGGAUGAUUUGGGGGGGAUUGGACAAGAUGAUUCAUAGUUGUGUAAAAGUAAAUUGAUGCAGCGAGGUGUGUAAAUGAUCUCUCUGUCUUGCUUUCUUUAUUAUUGUCCUCUGUACGACUAGGAAUUCAUUAAUUCUGUCAUGAUUUUUCCUGUUACUUACGGCUAUAUUUAUGAAUUGCAUUUUCCCCGCAUGCAUUUAGGUUCUACGCACUCUCCAGUACAUAGAUGAUGGGGGAGCGGUGCAGCUAAAGGGCAGGGUGGCCUGUGAGGUCAGCAGCCAUGAGCUCUUGGUGACCGAGCUGGUCCUGGAUGGAGCUCUGUCUCCCCUCAAUCCAGAGGAAAUCGCUGCUCUGCUCUCAUGCCUGGUCUUCCAGCACAAAACACAAUGUGAGCCUCGGCUGACUGACACACUGAAGGAGGUGAGAGAAUAUAUAUUUAGAAAGGUCUUUAACUGUAAGUUCUGAAAACUCUAUGCAAAAAGAAUAUGGGACCAUCACUUAACACAAGCAAUAGAUUUACUUAUAAAGUAAGUUGUAACAAUGUAGCCACAAUUCUGCAACUUACAAGUUCUAAGGUACCCGCAAUAGAUCACUAAAGCCCCUAUGUGACUGCAUAAACUGCUCAUUGUGUCAUCAAUGGCCUCGGCUAUGAUUGGCUGGUUUGAGUCACAUGAUUCUAAUGAAUCAUUCUGUUAUGGCUGGUAAUGAUCAUGUUUAUCUUGGCGUUUAUUUAAAAGUAGAUCCAUGAUCUGUUUUCUUUGUUUUGUGAUGAACUAUUAGCUGGUAAAAACUAUAGAAGUACCACGGGUACAUUUGGGUUUCAUCCUGGGAAACAUUUUCAUGUUGGGCACCAGGCUGAAAAGCAGCCACAUGCUCUGUUUAUGUUAAUUGUAAAAGGGAACAUGUGUUUCAUUAAUGAGACAUUUCAUUUGUAGUUUAUAAUUGAAAGAUGAUUGAUUGUGAACACAAUUACUAUUGUACAUAUGUUUAUACUGUAACAUUGAACAUAUUUUCUCCUGUUCUGUUACCUUGCACAGGGCAUCAAGAAAGUGCGGUCGUUGGCUGAGCGGUUGGCCGAGGUACAGAGAGAAUGUGGACUAAGGGAAUCCGUGGAAGACUUUGUGGCACAAUACAAGUUUGGCUUGACAGAAGUUGUCUAUGAAUGGGCACGUGGCAUGGUAUGUAGUGAAUACCAGUGUGCUGCAGGGUAGGGAGCGAUGGAAAAUGUAUAUUUUGGGGCCUGUACUGCACACAUUCUGCACACAGUGUGCACAUUGUCAGCCAAUCUGGCAUUAGUUGGUAUGACAAUUAUGAAGUAUGAAUUCUACUUUAUCAGACCAAUUAAGUUCAAAAGGACCAUUGGCAACCCCCAGUGUCAAACCAUUUGUAAAUUAUUUGACAGAUUACCAGCGGAUAGCUUAGUGACUCCUGGUACCAUAACCACUGAAGCACACUAAACUGGUUAUGGUGCCCAGAGUGUUUCUUUGUCUAAAUAAUCUGUGUAAUCUAACACUGCUCCUUCCCCAGCCAUUCUCUGAAAUCAUGACGCUGACAGACAUCCAGGAAGGCCUUAUCGUGCGUUGUGUUCAGAGACUGGAUGAAGCAUGCCGGGAUGUACGCUCCGCUGCACGGCUGGUAGGCGAUGCUACACUUUGCGCCAAGAUGGAUGCAGCGUCCCAGCUCAUCAAGAGAGACAUCGUCUUUGCUGCCAGCUUGUACACCCAAUAACAUGCACCAAGAGGUCAGUUGUGUUUUUGUCCUUUGUGAACUUCAGCCUAUUAAAUCUCAGUGUAGAUAUCUGGUUUCUAAAUGUUGAAAAAAUACACACAAAAAAAGCUUUAUUAAAGUAUAUCUGUUGGUAGUGGAAAAUAGGAAUUUGUGCGGGCAUCAUCGGGUAGGAUAUGUAGCGUUUCCAAGCAGGACCAAUAGGGCAGGUAGAGAUCAUGGAGUGGGUAGUGUUCUAUCAGUCUGGUAUACUCCGUCAGAUUGCUAUACCCACGUCACUUCCGGGGAGGGGAAUCAGCUGUCUCCUGUGCUGCACAUGCGUGCUAGCACUCCUGCUACUCCUCCACAGCAAGGUCCUGGAAGGUAAGUAAAACUAGUUUUACACUUUCAUUAUAGUUAGUGCAUUCACUAAGCUUAGGCACACGGGACAUUUAGGGUUAAGUGAGGGUACAAAUUAGGGUUAGGUAAGUGAUUCUAACCUCUCUCACACUCUAUUCUUACCCUAACCCUUGGGGUAAGGGUUAAAAUAAAGUGUGAGAAAUCACUAUUUAGUGAUAUUCCCCUAAUGUGAAAUAUCACUAAAUAGGAACAAUUCCCUAAUCCUAACCCUAAUUUGAACCCUAACAUUAACCCUAAAUGUCCCAUGUGCCUAAGCUUAGUGAAUGCACUAACUAUAAUGUAAGUGUAAAACUAGUUUUACUUACCUUCCAGGACCUUGCUGUGGAGGAGUAGCAGGAGUGCUAGCACGCAUGUGCAGCACAGGAGACAGCUGAUUCCCCUCCCCGGAAGUGACGUGGGUAUAGCAAUCUGACGGGGUAUACCAAACUGAUAGAACAGGUAGGAUUAAAAAUGAGGAAUGAGGAGCACAGAGCACCCUCUGUAUUUAACCCUUUACUGCUAAAUGCUGAUGACAAAUACACUUUUUCAAUCUGAAGCCUCCAACAGUAAUCUGCUUCGCACACAGAGUCCUAUGUUAUCACAAGCAGAGAUAGCGUAGGCGCUCACUAUAGCAUACAAUGGGUGGCAGCGGUAAAUCGACAAGGAUUCCCAAAAACCUUGGAGAGAGAGAGGGAGAGGGAGAGGGAGAGGGAGAGGGAGAGGGAGAGGGAGAGGGAGAGGGAGAGAUAUAUAUAUGGUGUGGGUGUGUAUAUAUAUAUAUAUCUGUAUAACACACUAUAAAGGUAUUCUUUAUCAAGUUUCACCAUUAGGCGCAGUUUAUCGCCAAUUGUUGUAACAUUUAUGCUCACAAACCUUCUACUCACAUGGGUUCUAAUUCCAACUAAUCUGAUUUUAUUUCUGAACUCUCUCUUCUAUAUUGAAACGCAGAACCCCAGUGUUUGGAGAUGAAAAUGGAUUUUCUGUAAUAAUGUCGUAACUGCAAUCUAGCAAAAACGGCCCAGAAGACAGAAACCAGACUAAUGAAUUCACACUCACCCAUCAACUAACUAACCGUGGCAAAUGCUUUCCCACAGGGUAUUGGGUAAAACGGCCUCAGGGAUGGCAAGGUUUAACCUCUGUGAGGUGUGCCUUCUGUCAAUUGGAGGAUCCAGCAGGAUUUAUUACGCAGGACCUGGUAUUGCACGAAUUGGUGAAGUACCGGUCUUAUUUAUUACAGUAUAAACCACAUAUUAAACCUUCAUUUCUCUCUGUCUUGAGUCGUGUUUUACAGUUUAGUGAUUUGCUUUUAUCUUGUAGAAGGCUUUCACGUGAGCUUUGAAAACAAUCUUCACCUUUUAAACACUCAACUUUCAGGGACUGGGCUCUGCAGUGCUGUUCUCUCUAUUCCGUAAAUAUCUCAUAUGGUAUAGGAAUCUACGCGCAGUAUAGAAAAAAAACAAAAUAAACACAACAAAUGUACAUUAAAUCCUAAGCAGUGAGUCCAAUAAAUAAGUAAACUGGUGGGAGCCCCCUCCACGACACAAAGUAUCUUCAAAAAUCUAAUUUCUUCAGCUCUGAA